AUGACCAAGGUGGUGACCAAAGUGCUGACCAAACUGGUGACCAAUGCCACGACCAGAGUGGUGACCAAAGUGGUGACCAAUGUGCUGAUCAACGUGCUGACCAAUGCCAUGACCAAGGUGCUGACCAAGGUGGUAACCAACGUGGUGACCAAGUUGAUGGUCACGGCAGCGAUGACAUGGACACGGCAGCGAUGA